GUAAGGGGGUGUGUCCGCGCGCACCACGGGGGCGCGCGCCGGCCUCUGACUGGAGGCUGCGGCGGCGGAGGCGCGAGCUGCCCGAUAAUGGCGGCCUGCAGAGCCCGUGAGAGGGAGAAGCGGCGGCGGCUACCCUGAGAAACCUUGACCUUGAAGAUGGUGAGUAGCCAGCCAAAGUACGAUUUAAUACGGGAGGUAGGCCGAGGUAGUUAUGGUGUUGUAUAUGAAGCAGUCAUCAGAAAGACCUCUGCACGGGUGGCAGUGAAGAAAAUUCGAUGCCAUGCACCUGAAAAUGUUGAACUAGCCCUGCGUGAGUUCUGGGCACUAAGCAGUAUCAAGAGCCAACAUCCAAAUGUGAUUCACUUGGAAGAAUGCAUCCUACAAAAAGAUGGGAUGGUGCAAAAGAUGUCCCACGGCUCUAAUUCUUCCCUUUAUUUACAGCUUGUAGAGACUUCAUUAAAAGGAGAAAUUGCCUUUGAUCCCAGAAGCGCCUAUUACUUGUGGUUUGUGAUGGAUUUUUGUGACGGAGGAGAUAUGAAUGAGUAUCUGUUGUCCAGGAAACCCAACCGUAAAACUAAUACCAGCUUUAUGCUUCAGCUGAGCAGUGCCCUGGCUUUCUUGCAUAAAAACCAGAUCAUCCACCGCGAUCUGAAGCCUGAUAACAUCCUGAUUUCUCAAAGCAGGUUGGAUACUAGUGACUUGGAACCCACACUAAAAGUGGCUGAUUUUGGUCUAAGUAAAGUUUGUUCAGCCUCUGGUCAGAACCCAGAAGAACCUGUCAGUGUAAACAAGUGUUUCCUUUCCACAGCAUGUGGGACAGAUUUCUACAUGGCUCCUGAAGUGUGGGAGGGACAUUACACAGCAAAAGCUGACAUCUUUGCUCUGGGGAUUAUCAUCUGGGCAAUGCUGGAAAGGAUAACAUUCAUAGACACAGAGACAAAGAAGGAACUCUUGGGGAGCUAUGUAAAACAAGGAACUGAGAUAGUGCCUGUUGGGGAGGCGCUUCUGGAAAAUCCCAAAAUGGAACUUCUCAUUCCUGUGAAGAAAAAGUCUAUGAACGGGCGAAUGAAACAACUGAUUAAGGAAAUGCUGGCUGCAAACCCUCAGGAUCGUCCAGAUGCUUUUGAACUAGAACUCAGAUUAGUACAAAUUGCAUUUAAAGAUAGCAGCUGGGAAACGUGACAUAUACUAUUUGCAAAUACCUUGGAUGAGAUGCUGCUUCUGUUUUAACAGUGAUGCAACAUAAUGUGGCCGAAAAAGAAUAUAAAAGGCUAAACACCUUAUAAGGGUUUAGAUUCUAUUGUGGGAUGUUUUUUUUCCUCGUUAUUCCUUAAGUCCAAGUUGACCGUUUUUGUUAGUAUGUUUUAAAUGUGUAUUACCAAUGUGGGUGUAAAUUUUUUUUGAAUGAUCAUUGGUAGAAGCUUGGCAGGAAAAUUCUCUAAGAGCCAAGAGAGUCCAGUUUUCUGGAAAUAUGUCUCUAAGUAUUUUAGACAUUCCUUGUCAGUAUUAGGAAUUUCCAUGGAAAAAGAGGUUUGCAUGCUGGUAAUGCAACCUUUGAAGCUUUGUAAAGGAAACAUAUAUGUAUAUAUUUAUGUAUAUGUAAGUAUGUGAAUGUGUGCAUUUUGCAUUCCAUAUGAAGAAAAUGCCACUUCUGUUUAAAUUAUUUGAUGUAGGUUUGGGUUUUUGAGAUUUUUCUGGUGAAAUCAGUAAUGAAAAAUAAAAGAACCUUCCUUCAUCUUCCUACCCUGUCCCUCCCACUAAUGAACUCAUACUAAGUUUUUAUUUUUGUAAUACAGCUUUUUUUAAAAAAACAUUUUGGAGGAUCUAAAGUUAUCUGAUUAAACAUAAAUGGAAUUGAGAGAGCCAAAGCUGCUGAAGUCUGUUUGAGCUCUCCAGUGCCCUAUAGCUGUAGCAGUUGGAAUAGUCACACAGUCAUGGUGUAGCAGGUUGGCAAGGACAUUGGUGAUUCCGCCAUACCUUCUUUAGGUAAGCAAGCAUUCAGUUAAGCAAUUAAACCACUGCUUUAGGACACGUCCACACUUGAGCAUCUGCAAUCUGCUAUAAAUUUGAACACAGGAUUCCUCUGUUUUACAGAUGAACUACAGUACUUGAUAUAUUAAUUUCUGAUUUCAAGACUUAAAGCCUCAGCAUAAAGUUGAAGAAACCAAAUGAGCUCUACCCUCACAUUGCCUACCCUUGAUAGACUCUUGUUUAAUCACUGGAAUUCCUUUCAUUUGGCACUAAUGUUAUUUUGUCUUAUUUGACACAGUAAUGGUAGUAAUAUGGUUGUAUUAAAUGUUGAUCACCUUCUUCUAACAUAGGAGAUGAUACCUACACAGUUUAACAAAUGGAUAAACUAUCUUUGAAGUAGAAAAAUUAUCCAUUUUAUACAAUCCCUUGGUAAGGUCUAUGUCAAAAACCAGUAGACCAUUAUUCUUCUUGAAGCCAGUUUGAUUUUAACCCUAUAUGGUUUUUCUAGUUAUUUUCCUGUAUAUGCAGAUAGUCAAAAUCUAAGAAAAGAAAGUUUUCCUAAAAACAUUAGCCUUUAAGGUUGGAUAGGCUUAAGACCAUUGUAUCUAGGUUCAUCUUUAUAAAGCACUAGAAUCUUUGGUCAAAAAAAAAUUUAGAAUAUUGAAAUCAUUGAUAGUUUGCAUAGUUUCCUCAGUUUCUUGAACUUCCACAACUUUCGGAAUGCUGUCAUAAUUUUGUCUUUAUUUAAAAUGUGUUCAGGGGACUACAGAAGGUAAACAAAAAAAGCACAAAAAAAUGGAGCAUGUAAAAUUUUUGUACUAUGCAUUACUUGGUCUGGAAGUUUAAAAUUUGUACUGAAAGGUUUUGUUGAGAUAAUCCUCUUAAAUUGAAAAAAAUCAUAUGCUUUUAACAUUUUCAAGCUUAUAUAAGAAUUAUUUUGAAAAUUAGAGGUAGAAAUACACAGGAACACUUGAUAAUUGACCACACAUAUCACCAAAUUGGUUCUACACAGAUCUGGUUAAGGGAAUUGAAUUACUGGAGGUAGAAAAGCAUCAUUAUAAUGUCUCAUCAAUACCAUGCACUGCAGAGAUUUGUGGUGGUUCAGGUAAUGAAAUGCCAGCGCUUCAUUUGCCUUUCAAAUGUCUAUGUGCUUGGAGCCAUGAUUUCCUCAUUUUUGGCCCUGCCUCCUUUAAAUAGCUAGUAAUUAUUUAUUUUGAAAGAUUUUACCUGUGAGGUAGAAUUCUUGUAGUACCGUGGGAGGUGAUCAGGAUGUUUCUUCUGGAAUUUUCUCAAAGUCCUUGUAUUUUCAAAUAGUCUAUGAAACCAAGCAAAAUGAUAGUAAAUUCUUUUGUCAUUAUUUGUUCUUCAGUCGGGGUAUUUAUUAAGUACCUACUGUGUGCUCAGCACUAAAGUUCUGUUGGGAAAAAAAGGCAUACAGCAACAGCCUUUUCCAAUCAAGUAUGAAAAAUAACCAUGAUUCAUGAAACUUGGAAAUUCCUGAAUCCUUGCUAGAGAAAAAAGUGAAAAUAAGAAUGUGUGCAUAGUGCCUUGCCCAUAAUAGGUACUCAAUAAACAAUUAUUCCUCAUAGGGUCUUUUGCCAUGGUUUAUAGUGUUUAUGAAAUUUGUCUUAAUUGAAAAAGACCAAAUAUUUCAAAUAAGCUUAUAGGCAGCUGUGGCCGGUUAAAAUAUGGGGUUGUACAGUUAGUUCCUAGAAUGUUAUUUUGCACUAGUUGUCACUUAGAAAGUUGGGGUUCUUGUAGAUUUUUGGUGCUAAGGGAUACUUUAUCAUUACGAUGAAGUAAGUGUUAAGUGUCAGAUAAAUAGCACACUGAAUAGUUCUUUCUGCUGGUCUGUUUUUUCUCUUUGUUGUUGUUGUUUUUAAUUGUAAAAUGUUUAUCAAUCAAACUAUUGUAGCAGCUACAAAAUAAUUCACCAGCAUGACAAGAUGGUCAGAAAAUAAGUCAUCAGCACUUCAAAAUUGAAAGCAACUUUUGAAAUUUUCUUUUAAAAUUGUCAAAUAUAUUUUAUGAAGAAUUUAUAAAAGGGGGGAAAUGAUUGUAAUUUAUUGUUCAUGACUGUUUUUUUUUAAAAUAAAGUGAGUUUCAACAAAAAAACCCUGAAAAAUCUA